UGCAUCGCCAAAUCGAAGUGACUCGGUGUUGGGAGUACAUUGUAGAGGACCGAGGCACCCACUGUAUCAACCUGGGUGAUAUUUUCGCGCGGCUCCGUACAGUCGGUCAUUCCAUUCAGAUAAAAGGGCUCGUGUUCCUCCUACUGUGGUUCACUCUAGCAUACGGCAUCGUGCAAUUCCUUUAGACGGAACCCCUCGUACUAUCUCUAAACAAUGGAGGAACUUGACAAGGAACAAAUCAGCAUUCUGAAGAAGGCUUUCGAAGCUUUUGACCAAGAAAAGAAAGGAUGCAUAGGCACGGUGAUGGUGGGCACAAUCCUCGGCAUGUUAGGUCACCAGGUCAGCGACGAUGUCCUCAAAGAAAUCAUCGACGAGGUUGAUGCUGACGGAUCUGGUGAAUUGGAGUUCGAAGAGUUCGUAACCCUGGCUUCCAGGUUCAUGGUUGAGGAAGAUGCUGAAGCGAUGCAGCAGGAACUUAAAGAAGCAUUCCGGUUAUACGAUAAAGAAGGCAACGGGUACAUCACGACUGGCGUCUUAAGAGAAAUCCUCAGAGAGCUGGAUGACAAGAUCAGCGCUGAAGAGUUAGACAUGAUGAUUGAAGAAAUUGACUCUGACGGCUCAGGAACCGUGGACUUUGAUGAAUUCAUGGAGGUCAUGACUGGAGGCGACGAUUAAACGACUGAAUCUACCAUCUAAGAGUUCUGCUCACCCCAGAAUAUGAAGGGAUAUUUUCACGUACAACAUUGACAUGAUACGAAAUUAUCAUUUGACAUGUCUUCCAAACUUACCUUUUUAAUAACGUGAAUCAUAAACAUUAAUUUAUUCUAUAAGUUAUUUAUGUUAUAAUAAAUGAUUUUGGUAAUAAAUUUUUCAUAAUUCUG